AUUACCAGCGGUUGUGAGAGCCUGCAGAGACGGCUUGCAAGGAAAAUGAAGCUCCCUAUUUUCAUAGCAGAUGCGUUCACAGCACAAGCAUUUCGUGGAAAUCCUGCUGCUGUUUGUCUCCUAGAAAAUAAACUGGAUGAAGACAUGCAUCAAAAAAUUGCCAGGGAAAUGAACCUCUCAGAAACCGCCUUUAUCCGAAAACUGCACCCAACUGACAGCUUCACACAAAGUUCCUGCUUCGGAUUAAGGUGGUUCACACCGGCGAGUGAGGUCCCUCUCUGUGGUCACGCUACCCUGGCUUCUGCAGCUGUGCUGUUUCACAAAAUAAAAAAUGUGAAUAGCACUCUAACCUUUGUCACACUGAGUGGGGAACUAAAGGCCAGGAAAGUGGAGGAUGGUAUCGUCCUGGACUUGCCUCUUUACCCAGCCCAUUACCAGGACGUCCAUGAAGUAAAGGACUUGAUAAAGACUGCCAUAGGCGACACAAUGAUCCAGGACAUCCGCUACUCCCCAGACACCCGGAAGCUCCUGGUCCGGCUCAGUGACGCUUAUGACAGGUCAUUUCUGGAGAACCUGAAAGUGAGCACACAGGAUCUGCUGCAAAUAGAGAACACAGGGAAGGUGAGAGGACUCAUUCUCACCCUCAAAGGAGAGCCUGGUGGGCAGACCCAAGCAUUCGACUUUUAUUCCAGAUAUUUCGCACCCUGGGUUGGUGUGGCAGAAGACCCUGUGACAGGGUCUGCCCACACCGUUCUCAGCAGCUACUGGUCCCAAGAACUGGGGAAGAAAGAGAUGCGUGCCUUUCAGUGCUCCUCCCGAGGAGGAGAGCUGGCGAUUUCCCUGCGCCCGGACGGCCGGGUUGACAUUCGGGGUGGUGCAGCAGUUGUCCUGGAGGGCACGCUGACAGCCUAGAGGCGCUGUGCCCAGGUGCUGCUCUCCCCGUGACCGUGUCCAUGAAGAAAAACAUUAAGGGGCUGCCUUAGCAAGCUUGCAUAGUAGUCUACUUAAUCCUCAUGUUAGAAAUAGAAAAAUGAAGACAUAUUAAUGGGGAGUUAACGUGGGCUCUACUUGUGAGAGUAUUUGAAAUAUAAGUAACUCGUAAUAGGUAGUCACCUUUGAUUGUGGCUACUGAUCACAGAAUGAGGAACAAAUGGUUAAAAUCAAACCAUUUAAAUGUGGGUGAUUGUGAUAGAAUAUUUUGCAGCCAUUAAAAAGAUCCAAUAACUAUGUGGAAAUACAGAAAAAUAUUUCAUGAUACAAUACUAAGAAAGAAGAUCACAGAUUAUAAAAUGUUAGCAAUGUUAUGCUGUCUAUGAGAAUAGGAAUCUAUAUGGGCAGGAUGAGUCAUGAAGAUGGUGAAAACAGUUCAUUUGUGGAGAAUAAGAUCGGGAAUAAUGUUAAUGUAUGUAAUAAAGAAGUAUUUCCUUCAUUGGAACACACAUGUUCAAUAACCAAAAAAAGAGCAUAUAAGUAAGUAACUAGAAACCCCAGAAAUUUAAAAAAUGUAUAUGUAUUAGUGUGGUAAUAAAAUUUAACACUAAAAGUAAUGUAAUAUCUUUAUCUUAUAUAUAGUUUUAGAGUG